GCCCCCCGAAUAUAUCCUUUGCCUUCCAUGUGUACUAGAAAUACCGGGCACCGAACACUCUCCAGACCUUCUCCCCACGCCGGGGUUACGGCCAUACCGCAAAUAUGUCAUUACCAGUCGCCAUCCAGUCGGCGAUUUUCUACUACCUCGCAUGUACACCAUGUAACGAGAUGAAGGCUUUUCGAAAGGCCAAGAAGAAGGCCAAAGAGGACAGGGAGGUGAAGCGGAAAAUAGAGAUGGAGCAGCCUGGACUGUACCGUCAUCCUGACCCCUUUCACACAAACCCAUUCUGGGCCGAGGAGAUGGCUGCAGGACCACACUUACCCAAAAAGUCAAUGAACAAAAACUCGAGCCAGAGAGGCCUGGCGAGCGCAGGCCGGACGAGCACAGCCGCGAGUUUUGGUGGCGCGAGUACCGUCGCCGAGAGCACCAGCCCUGCGACCCCGACAAUAAGUGCCUCCCCAGCUGGUCGAAAGCUGUCCGGCGAGGGCUGGAACAGAGAGCUGUAUCAACGAGAGGACGAGGAGCUUUGGGGUCACAACUUCACCGGCAUGGGUCACAAGCUGAUGGACAACAUCGCAAAGGCUGGGAACACGGCCGGCCGCUAUAUGGAGGAGAAGUUGGGGCUGGAGAAGCCCAUCACAGAUGAGGACCGCGAGAACUUUUACCGUACGCCGAGAAACCCGCCCGUCAACGAGUACCACCCGCCGAUAGUAGGAAGCAAGCCGUCCCGUCCGGACGCUCUCAAGUGGAUGUUGCAGCCGCCGCCCCCUGCCAAGCUCAUGGAGGGCCGUAUUCCCGUCGCGAGAACGCAGAGCACCAGCACAGUCGGAAGCAGGAGAACGAUGGCGUCUGAGGACACCCCCUUGGACAGGCUGGUCCGUGAGAAGGCUUUGAAGAAGAAGUUGCGGCAACAGGGAGAGAAGCUGCCCUUGGAGGAGACGCCCUCGGAAUCAGAGUUGAUCGACUCGCUCAUUGGCAGGCGGUCACGGCGAACAACGGUAUCGAGCAGGGGCAUGUCCAACCGUAGCCGUAGCCGUAGCCUCUCGCUAGACUCUGAAGUAUCUUCAGACGGCGAGCUGGUAGAACGUCGGCGCAUCGCCCGUGCUCGACGAGUUCCCAUGACGCCCGAAGAGACCUCUUCGGACGAGGACGACUUUAUCCAGCACCGCACGUGGGAUUCGCUGGGGAAGUCGAGUCCUCCCCGACGGCCCAAGCUGGAGACCAUUAAAAGCUCCCGCUCCAACUCCAGGCAGGCAUUAAAGGCACGUCCCAACGGCACGAAGCCGGACGUCGCAGUCAAGGACAACUCUGACGUCACGCCCAAAGCGUCUGCCAACCCUAUCAUCAACCGCACCGCAGACGAGAACACACCUACCACUGUCGCCACUACCACGACAGUAUCAUGAUGUUGAACACCUUUCAUGAACUAGGUCGAACAGAUAGCCGACCAGAACA